AUGGCGUCCAAGCGGGCCAAGAGCGCCACUAACGAGGAGCUCGACUCGCUCUUCGAAGGCAUCGGGGACGAGAAACCCACCGGGGCCGCCAAGAAGGCGGGCAAAGCCAAGACCACGGGGACCGGCAAGCUGAAAUCGGCCGCCGAUAAGGAUCUGCUGGCCGCGCUGGAGAACGAGGUCGGCGACGAGAUUGUGCGCCCGCACACGCCCCGCAUCAGCAAGGAGGCCAAGGCCUCGCCAGCGUCCGCGUCCGCGUCCGCGUCGGCACCAGCACCGGCCCGCCGCUCCGUCGAGAGCAGCAAGGCCUACUCGGCGCGGACGAGCACCGACGAGCGGGCCGUGGACGCCUCCGCGGAAGGCGCCGCAGCGCCGCCGGCCGCCACGACGGCCACGGCCACGGCCACGUCCACUGUGGCGGCCCCCGCGUCGGGCGGCUGGUGGGGCGGCAUUCUGUCCACGGCGUCGGCGGCGAUGAAGCAGGCCGAGGCGGCCGUCAAGGAGAUCCAGCAAAACGAAGAGGCCAAGAAGUGGGCCGACCAGGUGCGCGGCAACGUGGUGUCGCUGCGCGGCUUCGGCGACGAGCUGCGCCACCGCGCGCUGCCGACCUUUACCAACAUUCUGCACACCCUGGCGCCGCCCAUUGCCUCCCACGAGCGCCUGCUCAUCCACAUCACCCACGACAUGGUCGGCUACCCGGCGCUCGACCCGCUCGUGCACGGCGUCUUUACGCGCGUCAUGGCCCAGGUCGAGGGCGGCGAUCUGCUCGUGAUCCAGCGCGGGCAGGAGUCGCAGGCGGCCGGGUCGGCGUCGGUGGGCAGCGGCGGCAGUGGCGGCCACAGCCGGAACAGUGCGGGCUGGCGCGACGGGCCGUGGUGGCGCGUCGUGCACUACCCGCGCGACCUGGGCGCCGUGCCCGGCCUGCGCGAGGGCACGAAGCUGUGCCGCGCGAGCGCCGAGGCGUACGCCAACGAGUACUACGCGGCCCACUACGGGAGCGAUGACAAGGACAAGGGCACGAGCAAGGGCGGCGCCCGCGACCGCGUCGCCGACAGCAAGCGCGGCCUCGCGGUGGCCCGCCAGCGCGCCGUCGAGCCUGUGUCGGAGCAGAACCCCGUGCGCCGCUCGGACAUCUUUUUGGCCGUACAAGCCUUUACCGUGGCCGCCGAGCCCAAGGACGAGGACGAGGACGACGAUGACGACGAGGACGACGACGAAGACGACGAGGACGAGGCGACGGACGCGUCCGACGAGUCCGACGAGCUCGUCCAGUUUGCCGUGCACAUCCGCGACCCCGUCCACGACAUUGUCUACCACACCGUCAGCCAGGCCCUGCCGGCCAAGUGGGUGCGCUGGCUCGAUGCGCGCCCGUCGACGUCUGCCUCGGCGCUGACGCCGGCCACGAGCGGCGGCGAGGGCGAGGGCGAGGAGGAGGACGACGACGACGACAGCAGCGACGACGACGACAGCCGCGACGCAGACGGCGCCUCCGCCAAACAGGCCAAGGCCUCUGCCUACGACGCGGGCGUCCCCGACGAGAUCCGCGAAAUCAUCGACAGCGGCGCCGUCGACCCGCGCGAGUGGGUGGCCGAGUGGAUCGAGGAGACCCUGACGCUGGCCGUCGGCGUCGUCGCCCAGCGCUACGUCGCCCGCCGUAUGGGUGUUGGUGCCGGCAGCAUCGGCCGCGGCAAGCGGCCCGUCGACGAGAUCCUGGCCGACAAUGCCGGCGAAGCUGCCCGGGCAGGCAUUAUCUAG